GCUUUGGCUUCAGGACUGAAAACAUCUCACUUAUGAUUUUAUUUUUUGUUUGAAUGUUUCAUUUAACAGCAAGAAUAAUUGGUAAAACACAAAAAUAUUCAUGGAGUAUAAAUGUUGGCUAUUUGAUAAAACAAAAAACUUUUUCACAUAACACAGGAGUUUUAUAACUAUUUCAUUAAAGGCCCUUUGAGAAAUUUUUGAUUGGCUAUGAAUCAGUAAAAUAUACAGUUUUUAUAAUGUUCAAAAGAAAGUAAGACCAUUGAUGACAAGACUGACAAAAUCUUUGAUGUAAUUUUUAAUGCUAAUACCACUUUGUCCACAGUGGGUACCAGUAGCAACACUGACAGAGAUUUCCCCAUAGGAGCUUUACAUUUUUAAAUAUAUCAGUCAAAUAAUUCAUAAAAUGCAAAAAUGUGUUAUGUGCUUUGUAAAUGUAAUUAAGUUUCUUGAAAUAUCUUUACUCGUGAAAAAUCCUUCUAUGUUUAAUGAAAUAAUUUUUACUUUGUGAAAUGUUUCACUUGUUUUUAUAAUUUUUUCAGAUUUGUGAAAAUACUUUCCCAUUUCAUUACAUUUGCAUUUUGUGAAAGGAUUUCAUGUAAAGUGUAGGCUAAUGUUCUUGGGGCUCAGACUUACUUGUGAAUAUUUGUGAACUGACUUUCAGGGCCACCAUAGUUGUGAUUCAAGGCUGAAAGAAAUCCUCAGCUUUGUUUUCAGAAGCCUAAUAGUUGAUUCACUAAUGUGAUUUCAGUUUUUAAAGUUACAGCAACGUUAAUAACUUCGUAUUGGCUGAAGAAAGUAGCUACGUUUAACUGUCUACAAAUCAACAGUUUGAUAAAAGCAAAACAGGUGGUUAACCCAAUUUCAACAAAUACUAAAAUUAGUAGUUUUCGUUUUGAUUUGGUUUUCCUUUUAUUCUUUAUUGACACAAAAUUUCUGAUAAACUUCUUUUCAUCUCGUUGAUUGUGGUCAAAUUUCUUUGCUUUGCUUUGGUGUCGUUAAUAAAAUCAGAGUGAGACCUCUCUGUAGCGUCUUCACCAAGCUUUGACUGGUUUAAGAAGUCAUCUACCUGAACAGGUAAACGACGUGACGACUCCGCAGGCCGCCGCCUCCACGUGACGAUGUUUUCCACCCGCUGAGAUUUAAGGAAAUCACCGGGAAACUUUCUUCAGUUCUCCAGGAAACAACUAGAUAAGACUACAUCUCCGUUUACAGGAUCUUUGGCUAUCAUGGAUAAAUUAAAAUCCGUUUUAAGUGGCGAGGAGGCGCGCAGGGAGGACAGGACCGUUUUAGAGGUAAAGAGGAAAGAAAUACCAGCGUCAGCCUAAACUCGUCUAAUAUGAGCUGAUACAACGAUCCGUCUGUCUCUGCAGGCGGUGAAUGAAGCCUCCACAUUGAGCUGGGGGACUCGUCUGAAGGGGUUCGUCGCCUGUUUUGUGUUUGGGGCUGCUUGCACAGUUCUGGUAAAGGAUUAUACAAUGAUUACCGUGAUAAUAUAUAUCUUUACUUUGCUCCACACAUCGAGGAAGAGCCCAGGCAGGCAGAGCUGAUGCUGUUUUACUGGUUCUCCUUGUUCUGAGGAAUGCAGAGGAUGACAUGUUCAUCAGGCCUGCCUUACAAUAGAGCUCAUAAAUGAAACACUCAGUUUUCAUUUAGGCAUUUUCAGUGAAAAAUAACAAAAACCCUGUCCUGAUGUGUGUCUGUGCCGCAGGGAGUAUGUAUGCUCUUCAUCCCCAAGAUUGGACUCACACUCUUUAUCGUUCUUUACACCUUCGGGAACAUCUGUGCACUUGGCAGGUCAGUGUUCACAGCUACAGGAGUGCUCAUGAGGCAGAAAGAUGUUUUUUUUCAAUGAGGAAGAAUAUGUUUUCUAAAUGAAGAAGUGUACCUAUCCAAUACCACUCAGAAAUGUACUGAUGUACUGUUUUACAAAGCCUCAGCUGCUAUAAAAGUUUGAUUUUGUGAAUUUCUUUUUGCCACAGAACUCGCACAGCUAUAGCACAUAUGGCUGCAAAAUUGUUUUAGUGUUUAGUGUUUUAACCCGCCUUUUUGUUAAUCAAAAUUAUGUUCAUAUUUGGCAUGUCUUUAAAAGUAUGUAUCAAUUCUGUCCUCCAACAGCACCAUGUUUCUGAUGGGCCCAGUGAAGCAGCUGAAAAGGAUGUGUGACAAAACAAGAGCGCUGGCCACAACGAUUAUGAUUGUAAGUGCACAAAUUUACUGAAAUAAAGCUGUAUUCUCUUUUACAUAUAUAAGGAACAUUAUUAGAUUUUAUAAACAAGAAAGACCACUGUAUGCCAAUAUGGUAGCCAAUAUUUUUAAACUAUAUGCUUAAGCUUUCUGUGUAAAUCAGUAAGACUUUGAAAAGGCAAAAAAAAUCAGUCUGCUUUAUUUUAACAAUCAGAUGUAUUACUAUAGGUAAGUUUUUGCCAUGAAAUGUAAAAAGAUUUGUAUUUGUAGCCUGCAGUUAAUCACUCAGUCCGCCAACUUCCCCCCCUGCCAGAUGUCAGCAUUCAUUUCAGUCUGUUUUACAACCAGCUAAAAACUCUUUACAGGAGCUUUAAUGUUGUUCAUUGCGCAGCUAUUCAAGUGAAACCACACUUUGACACAGCAGAAAGUAAAGUUAACUAGGGAGCUAGUUAUAUCUUCUAAAGCAUUAUUUUCCAUAUUGUACAUCCUAUAAAAAUAGUUUUAGUAUUGAGAUGAUUUGGAAAUACUACAUAAUACAUGUGGCAAUACAGAUAUAUGAUUUUGCAAAACUUGUUAUGAAAAUACUGCUGUCAGCGUAAAUAACUGGGAUCAGGUAAACUACAACUUUUUUUCUAUCAAAGUCAAAAAUCAAUUAAUCCACAGUUUAAGUCAUUCUGCAAUUGAUCAGUAAAUAUGAGGGCAAUCUUGAAAAAUUAUGAAAUUUUUUUCUUCUUUGUUUCUUGCAGACCUGCCUUGUACUGACUCUGUGUGCAGCUUUCUGGGUGAGUGAGCUGAAAUGGACAAAAACAAGAUCUUUGAUUUCUCUAGUAAGGGGGUUGAUACACUUUUUGAUCUUUUAACCAUAUAAUUUUAUGCACUGCAGUGGAAGAACUUUGGACUGGCUCUCUUAUUUGUCAUCUUGCAAGUCUUGUCAUUUUCCUGGUGAGUCGUCUUUGUCUUCUUGGGGUACAACUUGAAAAACGCAUAAUAGAAGUUGAAUUUCUGGUAGAGCUGUUGCACUGGAUUGCAGUUGUGGUCUUAAGGUAAAGGCACAGUAAGGAAUGAUAUAGGAUCCAGUUGAAUUUCAGGAACGUGACAAAAUAUUAUCCCUUUAAGUAUCAGCAUUCAUGCAAACUUGUCCAAUCAGGAGGUCACCUUUUUAUUUUGACACCACAUAAGUGCAGCAUAAAUUUUAAAUCUUAUCUCUGCAGUAGAAACACUUCAAGUGCCUAAACAGUUCUCAGUCCCUAUGCAUAGAAAGUUUUUGUUGUGGAAAUGCAGCUUUAGCUUAAGUUUGGACAAAUACACAUUGUUUUUUUUUACUUGAAUGCGUGUUUUGACAUAGUUAUUCUCUAGGUUAUGUCUUGAUUUACCUAUAUGUUUCUACUACAGAUGAUGAAGGAGAUUUUUAAUUAACAACAACAGCAAAGUGGAUGCAUUAAAUGAAUAUUUCAUGAUUAUGUUUUGUACAAUGUAAAAACUGUGCUUUGUUUGCAGGUACAGUCUGUCAUACAUCCCUUGUGUGAGGUUUGUUGUUCAAACACUUUAUAAUUACUCAAAUUUUAGAUUUAAAAUGUCUUUUAUUUAUAACUUGAUGUCUGAUUUAUGCUUUUGACUUGGCAGGGAGGCUAUAUUGAAGCUGGUGUCCGUCAUGUUGAAGUGAACUCUGACUUUGUGUGGAGGACUCUGAGUGAAGAAGAUUUCAGAAAAAAGGGGCAGGUCUCUUACUGAAAUAGCUGAAACUGCAGCAAACACCCAACAUGUCUGAUCUUAUGUUUUACAAAAAUGUUCAUUUAACUCAUUUAUAAUUCAUCCAAUGACCUGAUCUUUUUUGGUAUGUAUUGAUUACCUAAACCAAUUUUCAUGAAUGGGCUUGUUUUGUAAUAUAUGUAAAUAUUUGAAAUAAAUUAACAUUUUAAUGGCCUUGGAAA